CUUCGGCGCAACACCUCACACAAGAGCUGCUCUCAAAGGAAUAACUCAACCAUGAAACUACUCUCUACUGCCUUUGCUGUCUUCGCACUCCUCGCUGCUACGACUGAAGCGUCCCCCAUGCUCCGUCAAGCCGCGGAAGGAAAGAAAAGCAAGAAAACCCAACAACCCACUGAGGCUCCGGUGCAACAGGAUGACCCGACGCAACAGCAAGAUCCGACGCAGCAGCAAGACCCGACCCAGCAACAGCAGCAGUCGACGCCGUCGGGCAGUGGUUGCACUCUUUCCGGCACGUACAAGAAGGGCACGGACAUCUCCAAGUGCAGCUCCAUCACCUUCCUCUUCGCUUUGUGUUUCAAGCUUUUAUUACUGGUAACGAUCAGCAAAGUCCACAAAUAUGAAGUGAUUAAGUUUAACAGUUCAACAGCUUUUUCUCCUUUGUUCAUACAUCGAUGGGGCGCAGUCAUUUCGUGUUGCCUCACUUUCCUUUUGGUAAAGCCACUGAAGAGGCCCCGGCAGGGGCCGAAACACGUCUGGCACGCGACCAACAUGAUUGUCAUUUCACCUACGUUUCCUCGCUUCAAUAGGACCGAAACAACGAGACAUACCCAUGAAAUCUGCGCGUUGCCACGACAACCGAAUGUCUUCAGUGGGGCACCUGGUACGGGCACGAAAACCAGUUUUGCUGCAGAGUUAGCUUGCAGCCAAAGCUCACAUUCAGUUAAAUCGAGUACUGUAGAUGUGGUGGCGGAAGCUACGCAAAACCAAACACAGUCACAGUGCCCAUGGGGAACUACCAACACGGUCUUCAGCUACAACCACUGCUGCGGUGGUCACGGUAUUUCGAUCGGCUCGCUGGGCGGCAACACCGUCGACCAGUCGACUACGGUCCAGGGUCUCGUUGUCGAAGGUAACACCAUCGAGGACAGUGACAACGGUGUUCGUAUCAAGACCAUUAUCGGAUUGAAGGGUCUCGUCAAGGACGUCAAGUAUGUCGACAACAAGCUCCAGAACGUCAAGAAUGCUAUCGUGAUGCACUCGGACUACAGCAAGGCCAAGGGUGGUUACACCGGCUCCCCUACCAGUCAGGUCACCAUUUCGGAUGUUACCGUGUCUGGACUUACGGGCUCAGCUACCAACCUGUACGACAUUGUUGCUAACCCCAAGGUGGUGUCUGGCUGGGACUUCUCCGGUGUGUCUGUGAGCGCCUCGGUCAAGGGUAAACUUGCUGGCGUGCCCAACAGCAUCGAUCUUUAAACUACAAUGAGUCCCUCGUCUAGUGUUAAUGGAUCAACGGUCGAUUGAAGGCCAACGCAAAUUGAAUGGAAG